CACACCACGACACAUUACUCCAACGCCCACCUCCUCAAACGCUCGACACCAGACACCCAUGGUUGUACUCCAACCCGACCCCUCGGCCCCCCAGCUCUUCGUCUCUGCCUCCGAGAUGGCCGCCCACCCGCGAGACAUCCACGUCGCGACCGUCAACGUACGUUUCGAUGGGCUGCGCGACAACCCUGUCCCCAUUCCGAAGCACGGCGCAGUCAACCCCCGGAAGCUAUCCCGCUCGGGAUUUCUGGACCGGGACAGGCCGUACGCCGAGCAGCCAUGGGCCGUGCGCCGGAGCCGCCUCGUGGACGCGCUGCUGAGCACGGGCGAGCUGGACAUUGUCGGGUUUCAGGAAGUGUAUGUCUCGCAGCUCGAGGACCUCGCCGUGCUCCUCGGUAGGCGGUUCGCACACGUGGGCGUCGGGCGUGACGACGGCAAGACGGCCGGCGAGUACUCGCCAAUCUUCUACGACCAGGAACGUUUCGAAUGCGUUAAGUGGAAAACCAUGUGGCUGAGCACUACGCCCGAGCGGCCCGGCUCGGUGGGAUGGGACGCUAGUCAAACACGCAUUGCGACCUUCCUAUCGCUGCGGGAUAAGAAGGGCGGGCACCUCGUGCACGCGGUGUGCACGCACUACGAUGACCAGGGUGUGGUCGCUCGAGCAAACAGCAGUUUCCUCAUUCGCUCCGCGAUUCGCGAGUGGGUCGAUGCUGUUGAGACCGAGACGCAGAUGAGAGGAAAAAAACCCAAGGCGCCCGUUAUUCUGUUCGGCGACUUCAACUCGCCGCCAAACGAGGACGGGUACAAGAACAUCACGUCAUUCUGGCCGCUAAAAAAGCCGAGCUUCGUCUUCCUGGACGCCUAUCACCACCUUGCGGAACGGCGGCCGGGCUAUGAUGCCCAGAGCCGCCCCUACGGUCCCGACACGACGUGGACAGGCUUCACGGGGCCGGGGCGCACUGAGACGCAGCGCAUCGAUCUCAUCAUGGCGGCGGCGGAUGAGCGGGCUAAGGAGGGCACCCAUGUCGCCCGCGGCGGGUGGGUGUUUACCCAGUAUGCGUGUAUCGACAACUGGGUUGAGGAGGGCGAUGCGGACGGGUGGCAGGGGCGGUGGAGCGACCACCGCGCGGUGCGCGCAACGCUGGUGCUGCGAGGUGAGGACCUCCCGCCUCACGAGGAUCUGUGAGCUGCUGGUUCAGCCACCAGGCAUCGAAGACAAUUAUGCAUGACGUGAGUGAGUAAG